AUGGGACUAAUUUACUCUGAGCCGGUGUGCCAGGCUGCCUAUGACUCAGACGUUCAGCAGCUUUAUGAGCGUUUGAGGAACGAUCCGAAGCUCCUGAACGUCCAGGAGGAGACGAGCGGGGACACGCCGCUCAUCGCCGCCUGUCGCCACGGCAACAGGAGGACGGUCCACUACCUGCUGGACAACGGGGCCGACGUCCACCUGACCAAUAAGAAGCAGAGGACAUGUCUCCAUUAUGUCUCCAGGAGGACGUUCUCAGCGGUGGACUACCUGAUGAUCUGUGUGUUGAUGCCCAUCCUGUUGCUAGGAUACUUCCUCAUGCUCCAGAAGCAGAGGCAGCUUCAGGCUCUGAUGGAGGAGGUUCUGAGCAGCAGCGUUAGCGUCGAUGCCGUCGACUACAAAGGAAACACGGCUCUUCAUUACGUUUGUCAGAGAGGAAGUCAUCGUCUGGUUCCUCUGUUGCUGCGCAGACACGCCGACGCUAACGUCCAGAAUAACGACGGAGAGACGGCACUCGACAUCGCCUCCAGACUGAAGUUCAAGAAGAUCGUCCGUCUGCUGAAUAAAGCUCAGUGA